CACAUCGCUGCGAGCCAUGGCUGGCGACGGACCUACAGCGAGCUCGGGCCGUGCUCCCUCCCGGCCGCUGCACUCGGCGCAGGCGGAGGACGUGGCGACCGCUUCGAGCUUCCGCGCCUUCGAGCUGCUGCACUUGCACCUGGAUCUGCGCGUCGAGUUCGGGCCGCCGGGCCCGGGCCCGGGCAGCCGGCGCCUGAGCGGCCGCGCGAUGCUGGAGCUGCGCUGCCUGCUGCCCCAGGGCGCCGCCGAGCUCCGGCUGGACUCGCACCCGUGCCUCGCCGUGAGCGCGGCUGAGCUGCGGCGGCCGGAGCCCGAAGGGCUGCCCUGGGAGGCGGCGGCCUUCCGCACGCAGCCCUUCGCGCGCUAUGGCCAGGCCCUGUGCGUGGCCUUCCCCAAGCCCUGCCCGGCCGGGGAGCGCGUCCAGCUGCAGCUGACCUACGACGUCGGGGAGGGGCCCGGGGUGUGCUGGCUGACCCCGGAGCAGACGGCAGGAAAGAAGAAACCCUUUGUGUAUACCCAAGGCCAAGCUGUUCUCAACCGGGCCUUCUUCCCGUGCUUCGACACCCCAGCUGUGAAGUUCACAUAUUCGGCUCUCGUUGAGGUCCCCGAUGGCUUCACCGCUGUGAUGAGCGCUGACACCUGGGAGAAGAGAGGCCCCAAUAAGUUCUUCUUCCAGAUGUCCCAGCCCAUCCCUUCCUAUCUUAUUGCUCUGGCAGUCGGAGACCUGGUCUCAGCUGAAGUUGGACCCAGGAGCCGUGUGUGGGCCGAGCCCUGCCUGAUUGAGGAUGCAAAGGAGGAGUAUAACGGAGUGAUUGAAGAGUUCCUGGCCACAGGAGAGAAGCUUUUCGGACCCUAUGUGUGGGGACGGUAUGAUGUGCUCUUCAUGCCUCCAUCCUUCCCAUUUGGGGGUAUGGAGAACCCCUGCUUGACCUUCGUCACCCCCUGCCUGCUCACAAGGGACCGAUCUUUGGCGGAUGUCAUCAUCCACGAAAUCUCUCACAGCUGGUUUGGGAACUUGGUCACCAAUGCCAACUGGGGCGAGUUCUGGCUGAAUGAGGGGUUCACCAUGUAUGCCCAGAGGAGGAUCUCUGCCACCCUCUAUGGGGCUGCUUACACCUGCUUGGAAGCAGCGGCUGGGCGGGCUCUGCUCCGGCAGCACAUGGAUGUCACUGGCGAGGACCACCCCCUCAAUAAGCUCCGGGUGAAGAUUGAACCAGGCGUGGACCCCGAUGAUACAUACAACGAGACCCCUUAUGAAAAAGGCUUCUGCUUUGUCUCUUACCUGGCCCACCUGGUGGGGAACCAGAAUAAGUUCGACAAUUUUCUCAAGGCCUACGUGGAUGAAUUCAAGUUCCAAAGCAUCCUUGCCGAUGACUUCCUGGAGUUCUACUUGGAGUAUUUCCCAGAGCUGAAGAAAAAGGGCGUAGAUUCCAUUCCAGGUUUUGAGUUUGAUCGAUGGCUGAACACCCCUGGCUGGCCCCCUUACCUUCCUGACCUGACCCCUGGGGACACCCUCAUGAGCGAGGCAGAGGAGCUGGCUCAGCUGUGGGGGACACCAGAGCUGAACAUGGGGGCUGUGGCAAAGGUGGACAUCUCAGCUUGGAGGACCUACCAGCUCAUCUACUUUCUGGAUAAAAUCCUACAGAGGUCUCCACUCCCCACAGGGAAUGUGCAGAAACUGGCAGAGACCUACCCGCAGAUCGCUGAGGCCCGCAAUGCUGAGCUGCGGUUGCGGUGGGGCCAGAUUGUGCUCAAGAACGACUACCAGGAGGACUUUUGGAAAGUGAAGGCGUUCCUGCAGGACCAGGGGAAGCAGAAGUACACGCUGCCACUGUACCGUGCUAUGAUGGGUGGCAGUGCUGCCGCCCAGGCCCUGGCCCAGGACACCUUCCAGGCCACAUCUGCCCAGCUCCACAGCAAUGUGCUCAACUACGUGCAGCAGAUCCUAACGCCCAAGGGCAGCUAAAGACAUAUGGGUUUACUCUCCCUCGGCUGCAUCUGCUGGAUCCUCUCUCAGGGGUACUUGGAGUUCCCCCAGCACUGCUGCAGGCUUGGGGGAGUCCAUUCUCCUCUUCCCUCCUGCCUUCAUCAGAUCCUGGGAGAACAGCGCCAGAAUAUUUUAUCUUUUUGCUGAUUCUUGAAAGUACUAUGCAAAGGGAUGCAGCCUGGUUAUUCUUUACAACAGGUUUCAUCCUUAUUUUAAUCAAAUUUUUUAAAUGACAA